AUGAGUGAUCCUGUGGAUACCAAGUCGCCUGUGGCCGACAAGCCGCAGGAGAUCGAGACGGGUGUUGCCCACAAUGACUACGACGAGAAGGUCUCCCGUGACAAGUACAAGUCCGACGCCAUCGAGGCCGAGGAGGCGGAAUACAAGAUGGGUGUCAUCGAGGCUGUCCGCGCCUACCCCAUGGCCAGUCUAUCAUGGAGUCCUACUGUGUCUUCCUGA